CUGUCUUUGCCAGUUCCUUAUCUUCUCUCGCUGCUUCCUGCCGUGCUUCACAGCUGUAGUUGCUGCGUCGAGGGACAGUCAUGAUCCUCUCAGCAAAAUGUUGUCUGCCUUACCGCUACAUCAUCACAGCUUUGAUAGCACUUGGCUGCUUUUUCGCCUGCGCCCAUCGUACCAAUUUCAAUUUGGUUGUGGUGGCCGUGGUUCCAAGACCUUCUGCACACCCCAGUGGAUCACAGGAACGUUGCAAUGCUUCAGCCGAGGCUCCAGGCGUCAGACACAAUUUUCGCAAUCAGUCUGCAGCUUUCCAAUGGUCGGAGACUGAACAGGACGUCAUGUUGAGUGCCUUCUUCUGGGGCUACACGAUUCCUCAGACAUUUGCUGGCCUCGCUGCAGACAAGGCAACACCAAAGCAUAUGCUCAGCAUCGGCGUCGUUAUUCCAGGACUGCUUUCUUUCCUGACACCUAUGGCAGCAUAUUGGCAUUGGGGAGCCGUCGUUCUACUCAGGACACUCAUGGGCUUCGCGCAGGCCUUCGUGACAGCAUCAGAAUACGCGCUAAUUGCAAACUGGGCUCCGAAGUUUGAAAGAGCACGAAUGUUGUCCAUCUGCUUCAUAGGCUAUUCCAUCGGUGCCAUAGUUACCAUGCCAGUGACGGGGCUAUUGAUCCAAUAUGACGUUCUUGGUGGAUGGCCAUCUACGUUUUAUAUUUUUGGAGCCAUGAGCAUUGGAUGGUUCAUGAUGUGGUCACUCCUCGCUUCUAAUACCCCUGACGAGACGACGUGCGUUUGGGAUGGAGAAAACAAAUACUCGCAUCUUGCCAGCUCUGCGGAUACAGCACCCCAAGCGGUUGAGUUCCCAUGGAAGUCUGUCCUCACAUCCGGGCCAGUAUGGGGAGUUGUAGCGGCAAAGACUGGAAGUACAUUUGGGCUGAGCGCAUUCCAAACUAAGAUCCCAGCCUACAUGGAUAGAAUACUCUGUAUGAGCAUUGAGAGAAAUGCGGCGGUAAACGGGAUGAUCUUCACUGCCCUCUCUCUCGGCAGUCUCUUGUGGGCCUCAGUAGCCGACGAACUACAACGGAGGCGCAUCUUAGACACCACCACCAUUAGGAAAAUGUUCGCCGUCAUAUGUUUCUGCGGAUCAGCCACCUGCCUCGUGGCGCUUUCCCAUUUGAGUCAAGACAAGACAUCGGCAUCAGUUUUUCUCAUGUUGUUCAUGGUGAUGUUCUCUGGUCAAUCAGGGGCCCACCUGCCCAACAUUGUUGACAUCUCUCCACAGUUUUCAGGCACCAUCUUUGGGAUAGCAAACACAUUUGGCAGCGCUGGUGCACUGGCUUCCCCACUGGUGGCAAGUUUCUUCCUUUGGGAUGCCGACGAUCCCCUGCGAUGGUCCUAUUAUUUCUACGCUUGUUCCGGCGUCAUUCUUUUAUCUGGCUUGACGUACAUCGCAUUGUGCUCAUCGGAACUGCAAGAAUGGGCCAAAGCGCCUCGGGAAGAAAGGCGUCACGUAAAGACAAAGUAUGGCGCUACAACAGAGACUGCAUGAGACCAAUAGCGUUUUGUUUAAUUUAGCAGUUUAUUCCAGAUAAAUGGUUUUAGUAGGUUUC